AUGCCCCCACAUCACUGCUUCCUUCUUCUGCCUGGGUUUCCUGGAAAGUGUGACAGAGUCGCUGUGGUCGGAAGUCCUGCGGUCACGGCUCCCCAGGCUGCAGACCCUGCCCGGAUGGGGCCCCUAUGCCUCCUCCUGCCUGCCGCGCUGCUCCUGGUCCAGGUGGUGCCUCGGGAGGCCUCCCAGCACUGCGGGCGCCUGGAGUACUGGAACCCUGAUAACCGGUGCUGCAGCAGCUGCCUGCAGCGCUUUGGACCUCCCCCCUGUCCCGACUUCGAGUUUUCGGAAAACUGCGGGCUCAAUGAUUCUGGCGAUCACAUGUCGCUCCCCUUCAAAGAAUGUCCUUUUGGGCAGUGCAACCCCGACAGUGCGGAGCUAUGUAGCCCCUGUGGUGGCGGAGCCACGGCCUCUGCUCCCGCGGGGAGCCGGAGCGGAACGCAGCAGCGCUGCCCACAGAGGUCGAUCCCUCCCAAGGAGCCCUGUCCCCUGAAGUCUGGGAAACCAGAUGUCCUUAGCUCCCAGGACCCCAGCCCAUCACCGAUUUCCAGUCUGUCGUGGACAUCUGAGCGCAGCGUCACUCAGGUCUUGCCAAAUUUUGCCCUGCCGGUCGUGCUGGUUUUCGCGGGGCUGGUUCUGCUGGUCACCUCAGCAGUGGUCCUCCUGGUGGCCCAGCGGUGCCACCACCAGGCAAAAGUUGUCCUCCAUCCCUAUCCUGGCUUGGUUUGCGAGGACACCAACAUCCAUACUCUCCUCUUCUCCCCGCACUCGUCCUCUCCAGCCUCCCUGGAGGCAUCAGAGACAGGGGACUCACGGAAGGAGGUCGCUCUGGUUCCACUCCUGGGCAGAGAACUGCCGAAUUUGGCCUCGCAGCCCCUGUCUCGCCUCCUGGAUGAGCUGGAAGUGCUGGAGGAGCUGAUUGUACUGCUGGAUCCCGAGCCAGGGCCGGGUGGGGGGAUGGCCUGUGGCACAACCAGACACCUGGCGGCGAGAUACGGAGUGCCUGCUGCCUGGUCCACCUUCGCCUACUCGCUGCGGCCCAGUCGCUCACCACUGCGAGCCUUGAUUGAGAUGGUGGUGGCAAGGGAGCCGUCUGCUUCUCUGGGACAGCUUGGCACACACCUGGCCCAGCUAGGGCGGGCAGAUGCACUGCAGGUGCUGUCCAAACUUGGCUGAGCUGGGACUUGCCCAGCCUAGUCCUCAAUAAAAUUUCCUGUGAAACAAG